UUGAGUCACACUUUGUGCAGGUUCGGUAAAGCAGCAAGCUUCGGUUACAGGCUAGACAUUGCCUGUGUACCGCCAACGUUGGACUCCGUCAGCCGGUGUAAAACACGGCGUCCUAUCCUUGCUCUCUUCUGUUUGGGGCGACUGUAAUUGAUCCGGGCGAGCUGUCACCGCCACUGAGGUGUGUUUUUUUCCCCCUCUCUCUCCCGUUCUGGAUUUAGAACCAGAUCGUUUCAAGAGAUGGUAACUUCCCGUAUCCAGGUGCAAUUGUUUUCUACGAAAGGGAUAUAUAAGGAAUGGAAUAAAUUCCGUUAAAUUAUUCCUGCAUGUUUGUGAAGACAGUUCGGGGGAGGGAAUGGAUUCAAGCAAGCGAGCAGAUGCGCACCGAGGCAGCUAUCUUACAGCUCCUCUGUGAUGCAGCUGUGAAUCCAGGCUGUGGCAAACACAGGAGGACCAGCCGACGACUGCUUUUGAAACAUUAACAGGCGAGAGAUCUGUGGCUACUUGUUAUUCUGCACGUGCUGGGAUUGCUUAUAAAGAGCUGGUAAAGCCAUGUAGUCACUCUGCCAGAAUAAGUCGCCGCGUUGAGCUCCUCAUUUCAUUGCUUUCUCUCAUUUAAACAGUGAGUAGUUUCUCAGUCCCGCUUACUGUUUCUGCUUUGUGUGAAACCAAAUAUCAACUCGGCAAUAUUGCAGAAGUGUGCAGGAGAGGUCAGCGCUGGCAUCAAUCCAUGCGCGCUCCACUCAGUUUCAGUAUUAUGGAGCUGUGACCCUAACGGAAGCAGCAUAUAACGCAUGCUUCCUACAUCUGCAAUCUGGCCGAGUGUUUUCACGUGAGGACUGGGCGUUCAGGACGUAUUUUGAAUAAAAUGCUUGGCUGUUUUGUCCGUUGUUACUGACGCAACAUCUCAAACAGGCUGCAUGAGACAUGCAUGCGUAGAAGGGCGUGAACUUGCAGCCACUAUCCUCCUCUUCAUAUCUAAAGACUAUUCUUAUCCGUCAAGACAUUUUGCGCCUUCUGCAACCUCACAAUAUUAAUCCAUAUUAACUCAUCUCGGGGACACAAUGGAUCUCAAAGCAGACUCGGAGGAUAUGGACUACAAGCGGCCGGCUCCUAUUGAAGUUUUUGCCACCAGGUCCACACUCCAUGGCAUCUCCCACAUGUUCACUUAUGAGCGAAUGUGUAUCAAGCGCACCUUGUGGAUUUUGUUUUUUAUGGCUUCGCUUGGUGUGCUGGUGAUGGUCUGCGUGGACAGGGUGCAGUUUUACUUCGAGUACCCUCAUGUUACCAAGCUGGAUGAGGUGGCGGCUUCGAUGAUAGUGUUCCCCGCGGUCACCUUCUGCAACCUCAACUCCUUUCGCUUCAGUCGGGUGACUCGCAACGACCUGUACCACGCUGGGGAGCUCCUUGCCUUGCUCAACGGCAGGUACGAGAUUCGAGACCCACACCUAGUUGAAGAAAAUGUGCUGCAGAUCCUGAAAGAGAGAGCAGACUUUGACAGCUAUAAGCCCCGCCCUUUCAACAUGCGUGAAUUCUAUGACCGAACAGGCCACGACAUCAAGGACAUGCUGCUUUCCUGCUCGUAUAGAGGCACCGAAUGUAGUGCUGAAGACUUCAAAGUGAUAUUCACACGCUACGGAAAAUGCUACACAUUUAAUUCGGGCCAAGAUGGACGACCCCUGUUGGUGACGAUGAAGGGCGGGACGGGCAACGGCCUGGAGCUGAUGUUAGAUAUCCAGCAGGAUGAAUACUUGCCAGUUUGGGGAGAGACAGAUGAGACAUCGUUUGAAGCAGGGAUCAAAGUUCAGAUCCACACCCAGGAUGAACCCCCAUUUAUAGACCAGCUGGGCUUUGGAGUGGCACCGGGGUUUCAAACCUUUGUCUCCUGUCAGGAACAACGGCUGACAUACCUUCCUCCUCCGUGGGGGGACUGCAAGUCCACACCAAUGGACUCAGACUUCUUCAACUCGUACAGCAUCACGGCCUGCAGGAUCGACUGUGAGACCCGAUACCUGGUGGAGAACUGCAACUGCAGGAUGGUCCACAUGCCUGGAGAUGCCCCUUACUGCACCCCGGAGCAGUACAAGGAGUGUGCAGAUCCUGCCCUCGACUUUCUCGUUGAGAAAGACAAUGACUACUGUGUGUGUGAGACGCCAUGCAAUUUGACGCGUUAUGGAAAAGAGCUGUCCUUUGUCAAGAUACCCAGCAAAGCCUCAGCUAAAUACCUUGCCAAGAAAUUCAACAAGACAGAGCAGUACAUAGCUGAAAACAUUUUGGUUUUGGAUAUCUACUUUGAAGCUCUGAACUAUGAAACCAUUGAGCAAAAGAAAGCCUAUGAAUUGGCAGGCCUUCUGGGUGAUAUCGGUGGUCAGAUGGGUCUCUUCAUCGGGGCCAGUAUCCUCACUGUUCUUGAGCUUUUUGACUAUCUGUAUGAGGUGAUCAAGUACAAUCUGUGCAGAUGCAUGAAGAAGAAACACAAAAGCCGCAACAACAAUGACCGGGGAGCUGUGCUGAGCCUGGAUGAUGUGAAGCGCCAUGCUCCUUGUGAGAACCUGCGUACACCAUCAACAUUUUCUGGGAACAUGCUACCUCAUCAUCCAGGCCAGGGCAACUUUGAAGACUUCACUUGCUGAGCAGACCCUGGUGAAGCAUCAAAGUGCAUUUUAUGCAACCAAAGCCAACCAUACAACAAGAACUAUCCUACGCACGGACAGUGAGGAACUGACGCUACAUCUAAAAAGAGGCACUUUUUACAUAAAAACUGAAGAAAACAGACAAAUCAAACAUGAUAAAGAUUUUUCACACAUGGCCAAGUGAAGAAGAAACCCUGAAUAUUAAAAAAAAAUGUAUCUGUUGAUUUUUAUGAGAACAUUUCAUGCAGCAUUCAAAACUAUUUGUUUUCUCCUCUGGAUACUGCCGCAAAAGACACUCAUGGAAAAAUCUUGCCAACUUGAACCACUCUUUCAGAGAAUUAAAAGAAAAAAUUAUAAAUGAUUAAUGAAAGAUGUACAGUUAUCUCACCAUAAACAGCUGAUCAGAAAAAAAGCCCCCAUGCCUUUACAGUAUAUAACACAGGUGCUUGUAAUGAACACAACGCCUGUAAAUGUGACUAUAUUCAUACUGCUUACUCUACUGUACAUGUAGCAACAUGCGUUUCUGUUGCGACGCGUCAUAAAACGACAGCCGUGCGUGUAGUUUGUUUGAGAAUGUAUUUUGGUAAGUAGUGAGUGUAGUCGGGGUAAGACAGGAGAAACUUUCAGGGGUUCAUGGCGGCAGCGGUGAGGGUGCAUCAUCAAUUGUUUAAAAUGUGCCGCUACAAAUUUCAGGCCUCAUCAUCAUGUAAGUGCAUGCUUGUAUUUGUCCAGUGCAUGUUUUUCAUUUCAUUUCUGCUUUGGUUUGAUUUGUAUAUCUUUAUAUUAAAAUCUAUCUAUCUAUAUAUAUAUAUAUAUGUAUAUAUAUAUAUAUAUAUAUAUAUAUAUAUAUAUAUAUAUAAACAUUAUAAUUACCGAGUUUGCCUCAGUGAUAAACAGGAAAAGGAAAAUUAAGCAGUUCAUAUAUUUCUGUGCGUGUGUGCUUGUGUGUGUGUGUGUGUGUGUGUGUGUUAAGAGUGAAAGUGGUUUUUGGGUACCCAGCCCGGUGAGUGUUUGCUGUUGAUUGUGCAAAGGAUGAGCCAUGUCUGAUUUCAUUUCUCAACAUCAGUGUUUUUCAUUCUCACUCGUGCCCGAUGAGUGGAAGAAUCUUCACUCAGCUUAAUUUUCUCUUAUCUCAGCCUCAAGAUGAGGUGAAGUUUUCUUUUUCCUUUUUCUUUUUGUUUUUGUUUUGUUUUUCUUGCUCUGAGAGUUAAUUGAUGAAAUCCUUGGAGUUUUGUGGGGCUGUUAAAAUUUUUCUGUGUCUGUGUUCUAGUUGCAAAAGUCUUAUCAAAGCACAAUACCGCCGGUAUGUAGAGGUGAUGUAAAAGAAAAUGUACUAUUCUUCUUGAUAUAUUGUCAUAUUAUCAAUAUCGUGUUGAUCCAACUGUUUUUUGGUUAUUUUUUUCUUUCAGAUAAAACAUACUCGAUAUUGCCUGUCUCCAUCCUCCAGGUUAUAGGCUGGUCUAUUUAGUUAUCAAAGCAUAAAUAAAAUGUAAAUAUCAUUUUGGAAAA